UUCGAAUUACAACGUUAUCAUCGUGCUUAAAAUGGCAGACAAGAAAGUAGUAAAAAUGGGCAAUGCCAAAAAGAUGUCUCAUGAACAAAUUGUGGCUGGCUUCAACCAAUUGAGGCAAGAUCAGAGAGCACUUGUUUCCAAGAUUGCAGAGCUAGACUCCGAUCAAAAUGAACACAGGUUGGUGUUAGAAACCCUUCAGGAGGUAGAUGGAGAGAGGAAGUGUUUUCGUCUGGUGGGCGGAGUUUUAGUGGAAAGGACGGUGAAGGAUGUUCUUCCGGCAUUAACACACAAUAAAGAACAGAUUGAACAGCUCACCAAGGGCCUGACCAAACAGAUGGAGAGCAAAGGUCGCGAAAUCAACGAGUACCGGGAGAAGCAUAAUCUGAAAGUACGGGGAGAGCAGCCCGCGGACCAGGCGCCAACAGAAAAGGCAGAUUCGUCGGGCUCAGCAGGGGUUUUAGUAUCUCAAGAAACGUAGUUAUUGUAGACUGAUGCCAGCCAGCCACCCACUUUGACAAUAAUACAACAAGAUAUCAUUGUCCGUUCAUAAAAAAGGCCAAUUAUUUAUUUGCAUCGCAGAGAGGACAUUUGGGUAUCGUUUAUGACGAUGACCCUAGUCAUUUGCUAUAAAACCUCUUGCGAAAAUCUUGAAGGGAUAAAUCAGCCGUACCCUUUCGCUGCAAUAGAGGAGAAGUCCAUGCUAUUCCUUCCGUUACCAACUACAGAAAGAUUCAAAUUUAUCCACAAUUGCCACUCUCCACCCGGGUGUAGUAGUGGGUACCUGGUCGGAAUUUAUUCCUUGAAUGCUUUUUAGUGCCUUAGGGCAGCUGGGCAAAAGCCAGGGUAAUAGUACUACAGUCAAACCUGCUUUAGUGACCACCUGUCUACAAAGACCCCUUGUCUACAAAGACCACUUGUCU